CCUUUAGCAUCGCAUGGUUUUGCUUUUUUAAAUAUUAGCAUUAUUUGCUAUACAUAUUCUUGUAGGUAGAGUACUCAGAAAUCGUAGCACAUGAUUAAUUCGUUUUGGAAUAUUUGUAGUACUUGUCCGAUGCCCAAAGAGGAGAAGUUGAAUUCUGAGUAUAAACGGAAUUAUGUGUGGCAUCCGCAAUACAAACCUCUGGCUCAAGAUGUUGUCAGCUGUGCUCCUCAAUCAAUUGUCAAAGAGAUUGGUAUUCAGAGAAGAAAACAAUAUCCAGAACUUGCUUAUCGAAAUAAUGAGGUGAUACGACAUGAUCUGAGUCAUCACAGUAAAGAUGCAGCUGAUCUAAGAGCUAGGAGUGAAGAACGUGAUAUGGGCCUAGCUUCUAAAUCAGGACCGAGAAGCCGGUCAGCUGAACCUGGGAGCAGCCAUUAUCAUCAAAAAUCGAUCAUGGUGCAAAGCUUUCCUCCAAUAACCUCUGGGCGGGUAGCUGUAUUACCUGAAGCAGAUGAAUUUCCUAUUAUAUCUGAGAAUCCUUCGGAAACCACAGAAUACAAAUCUCAAUUUGCCUGGCCGAAAAAAACAGAAGGAGAAAUUCCAUGCACAGCUCGAAAAUCUGUUUCAAUGGGAAUUAUUAAAAGUGCUGAUGAACCAGACAUGUCUGUGCCAAAGUUCAAAGCUGCUGCCAUACACAGACAAUGCACAAAGAAAAAAGAAGCUACUAUUCCAGAUAAAAAACCUCAAGAUAGCAAAAAAAAAGUGAAAACUGAGUACAAAGCUAAGUACAAGCCGUUUACUUCCUAUGUUUAUGUGGAUGGCCAGUGGAAGAAAACAUCCAGACUUCUAAAGGUACCAGAAAAACCAGUUGAAACUCAUGAAGAGCCAUGGUUUGUGGAAGUUGUGGAGAGAUUGCAGAAGGCUAAUGAAUACAGAUGGAGAGGUCACACUGGUGAACUAUUACCAGAGAUUUAUAAGCAGCCUCCUGAAAUCCCCCCUUCCCGAUCCAAGCUGGCUCUUCCUGAAUUGCAGAUGAAUGUAACAAAAUGUCAUCAAUCCACCUCUAAGAAGUCUGAUUCCAGAAAAAGAGAAACUCAUACAGAUUUUUCUAAAGAGAAGAAAAAAGACAAAGAAGCUAAAACACCACCAGCAUUAAGGAGACCAAAAUCUGCGGAACCAGCCAAAGCAAAAGAAGCUGUUAAGCACAAACGUCCCGCUACUACUCCCCCUGCUAAACCAAGUGCUCAUGUUUUACCCACCCGAAGAAAACCCAUCAAGGAUGAUGAAGUGGAUAAAAAGCCAAAAGCUAGAACACCCUCCCUCAAAAAACUCAAAGAAGAACCUGCCAAAGUAGCAUCUUCUGUCAGCCGCAAAACAGAGAAUCCAUCUUCUUUACCCCAGGGCAGUGGCGGGAAGGUCUGGCUGCAGGCCGAUCAACCUGUUUCAGAACCCAAAGAAGGGGAUGAUGCAUCUGUCAGAAAACAUUCGGAUGCUGUGAGGCCUUCCUCCUUGUCACCCAUUGCAAAGCCUGUGCCUCCGCAGCAAGAACAACCCCAGAAAGUGUUUAAUGACGUUGAGGCCAAAGAAGAGCCAUCUUCUGCUGAAACAAAAUCAGCAGUCCCAUAUUCAUCUGUUGUUCCACUCACACAUGUAAGAACACCCGAAGAGGUGACUGGUGUAAAGAGCCCUGAUCCUGAGAAUUGGACUGUUCCUAUAGAGAGUAGUGAAAAAUUACAGUGGAGCGGCGUUAAUACUUCUGAUGCUCCCAUGAGGUUAAAGAAAACAGAAGAAAUUAGUGAAAAUUUAUCAAAAUUACCUACUGAUGAAUCAGUGCCUAUUAAUACUGGAUCUCAAGAAAGUGUUCCAAGCUCUAGCAAAUUGACUUCUACAAAUGUUUUAGAUAGAGCUCGUAGUAGGCUUGACCAAUUUUGGGGAAAAAACAAGUGA